UAACGCGUUCUUUUUGGGUUUUCUGAAUUUUUAGAAAACGCGUUUUUAUCAACCCUUAGGUUGUUUUUAUUAAUUAAACAACUAUUUAUUUACGUAAAGACUUAAAAUUGUUUAAUUUAUAUUCUAACUAUGCCGAAGAAUAAAGGAAAGGGAGGUAAAAAUCGUAGGCGUGGUAAGAACGAAAAUGAAACAGAGAAGCGUGAAUUAGUAUUCAAAGAAGAUGGGCAAGAAUAUGCUCAAGUUACUAAAAUGUUGGGAAAUGGACGUCUAGAAGCUAUGUGCUUUGAUGGUGUUAAACGACUUUGCCACAUUCGAGGAAAACUUCGGAAAAAGGUGUGGAUUAAUCAAGGUGAUAUAGUACUAAUAGGUUUACGUGAAUAUCAAGACACUAAAGCUGAUGUCAUUUUGAAGUAUACACCAGAUGAAGCUCGUAACUUGAAAACAUAUGGAGAAUUUCCAGAAACUGUUCGCAUCAAUGAUACAGUCACAUUUGUUGACGAUGGAUUGGAUGAGGAUAUUGAAUUUGGAGAUGAUAUCAGUGAUGACGAGGAAGCAGAUGCUGUUGAUAAUAUAUAAAUUUGUUUCAAAAGAAUUAAAGCAUUAAGGUAACAUAAUUUGCCUAAAAAACAUAUUAUAGUUCAAAAUAAAAUUGAAAUAAAUGUUUACUUGCAUAAUGCUUUA